UCCUUGUUUAAAUCGAGGGAACGGCAAAAGCUUGCCGGUUGCAAGCAGAAGUGGUGGCGGUGGCGGUGGGGAAGAAGCCGCCUUCUUCCCCUUCCCAAACCUGCAACCCAAAUCCCAUUGUUCUUCUAUUGAAUUUAAAAUUCUACAUUAUUUUUCUUCUUGGUCCCGUUUGUCCUUCUCUCCUUUUUUCCGCGUCAACAUCGGUUAUAUAUUUUCAUCUGGUUCGGUUCUCUUUUUAAGUUUAUAGUUCUUUCUGUUGAUUGGAUCCAAAUUCUUCAUCCGAUAUCGUGAAUUUUCCUUGCCUUAUAAUGCCUGGAUCAAUAAUGGAUGUGGUUGAUGGGAAUAUGGCAUCUCAUGGAUGGAAUUCCCCUCGUAUUAAAAAGAAUCUUCCGUCAAUAAAAACCACGAGGGCUUCUCCAUCUCCAACGAGCUCAGAGAGUUCUAGUGGUUGGUCGAAUUCGGGGCGGAGCUUUGGAUCUUUUGGUGGUGAAUCAAGAAGUGAUGCAGAGUCGCACCAUCUCAUUAAUGGGAAUAAGAAGGUUAUGAAGAUAUCAGAAGAGGGUGACCAUGUGAAGGAUUUGGCUGUGAGAGGGGAUAACAGUUUGCUGGAUAAGAAGUUUAAGCAGGCAUCUAAGGUCCAUUCUCCAAGCACCAAUUCUCCUGUUUCAUGGAAGAAGUCAGCAAAGCCUCCUCGAUUGCCAUUGGAAUCCAUUACACCCUCAAAGUCAAUCAUAAAGAACAAGGAAUCCCCAGAAAUAGGUGGAAAUAAUGUAAAAAAACUGGGUGCAGAACCAAGGCCUCUGAAGAAAUAUAAAAGCUUUCCUAAUAAAGAUGCCUCAAUGUUCAAGAAUGAGACUGAAGACUCCCCUAAGAUGGAGUCAACUCAUCCAGAUCUUGGUCCUUAUUUGCUUAAGCAGGCAAGGGAUGUGAUAUCUUUGGGAGAUAGCCCUCGGAAGGCUCUACAGCUUGCACUUCGGGCAGCCAAGUCAUUUGAGAGAAGUGCAUGUAAGAAGCCUAAUUUGAACUUAGUCAUGAGUCUUCAUAUUGUUGCAGAAAUUCACUGCACUUUGGGGCAGUAUGAUCUGGCAAUCCCUGUGCUAGAGCGGUCGAUUGAAAUUCCAUCUGUGGAACAUGGCCAUGACCAUGCUCUUGCCAAGUUCUCUGGGUAUAUGCAUCUGGGAGAUAUUUAUGCCACGAUGGGCCAGAUAGAGAACUCAAUACAAUGUUAUACAAGAGCUUUGGAGGUUCAGAAGCUAGCAUUGGGUGACAAGGACCCAAGAGUCGGUGACGCUUGUCGUUAUCUGGCAGAAGCUCAUGUUCAAGCACUGCAAUUUGAUGAGGCUGAAAGGUUGUGCCAAAUGGCUCUUGACAUCCAUAGAGAGAAAGAUCAUUUCGCUUCUCUGGAGGAAAUGGCAGAUCGGAGGCUCAUGGGCCUCAUUUGUGAUGCAAAAGGUGACUAUGAGUCCGCCCUUGAGCAUCUGGUCAUGGCAAGCAUGGCAAUGAUGUCCAAUGGCCAGGAGGCAGAGGUAGCUUUAGUUGAUUGUAGCAUAGGAGAGACCUAUCUAGCACUGGCUCGAUAUGAUGAGGCUGUGUUCGCUUACCAGAAAGCACUUACUGUGUUCAAGUCCACCAAAGGUGAGGACCAUCCAUUGGUUGCUUCUGUCCUUGUACGUCUUGCUGAAUUGUAUUUGAAGAAAGGGAGAUUAAGAGAAUCGAGGUCUUACUGUGAAAAUGCUCUCCUGAUCUAUGGAAAGCCACUUCCAGGGACAUCCCCUGAGGAAGUUGCUUGCGGUCUCACUGAUAUCUCUGCCAUAUUUGCAUCAAUGAAUGAGCAUGAGAUGGCACUAAAGUUGCUUCAGAGUGCCCUUGACUUCUAUAAUGAUUUGCCAGGUCAGCAAAGCAAGGCUGCUGGAGUUGAGGCUCAGAUGGGAGUAUUGUAUUAUAUCGUCGGAGAUUAUUCCGAGUCUUAUGCCUCCUUCCAGAAUUCAGUUGCAAAGUUCCGAGCUUGUGGGAAGAAAAAGUCUGCCUUCUUUGGCAUUGCUCUGAACCAAAUGGGGCUAGCAUGUGUGCAACUCGAUGAAAUAAAUGAAGCUGCAAAGUUGUUUGAGGAAGCAAAGAGCAUUUUAGAGCAAGAAUAUGGACCAUAUCAUCCAGAUACACUGGGAGCAUACAGCAAUUUGGCAGGGACCUAUGAUGCUUUGGGAAGGCUGAAUGAUGCCAUUGGGAUAUUGGAAUAUCUUGUUGAGAUUAGGGAGGAGAAGCUGGGGACAGCCAAUCCAACUGUAGAUGAUGAGAAGAAGAGGUUGUCUGUUCUGUUGAAAGAUGCUGGUAGAGUUCGGCACCAGAAGACCAGAUCACUGGAAAUUCUCCUUGAAGGCGGCAAUUCCUCUGGCAUAAAGAAAAAGGCAAUUCCAGUGUAAUGCCUGUCAUGAAUUGUGUUUCCAUGCAUACUAAACGAUCUGUAUCAAUUGGCUGCUUCUACUUGGAUGGUUGAGCGCAAAUUGGAGAAUGGCUCAUUGAAGUAUCACUGUGUGAUCCUUUAUACCAAUGAGACCACUAUUCCUUACAUUCUGCAAUGUAACCAUCUCUGUGUCUUCAUGGCCAUAAUUAUCUUUUUUUUCGAUGGUAGGCCAUAAUUCUUUGUUGUAAUUGUCUCCUAAAGCUCAUUGUCUUCAAUAGAAAGUCCACAUGCAAAAGAUUAUCCUUUGCAUAAUUACUU